AUGGAUAAGCUUCUAAGAAUGAUAAUAGACCUCCCAGAUGAAUCUUUCGAGAUAAAUGGGGAGUUAAAAAAAAGUAGUAAUAUUAGUGAUAGAUUAUUAUAUAGAGUUUUGAAUUAUAAAGUAAUAAGAGUUGAAAUUUAUAAAUAUAUUUUAAAGUUUAUUGAACAUAGGGUUGUAGUUUUUGAUAAAUCACGUUAUGACCAGUAUACAGAUAAAUCAUAUAUAACAAAACUUAAGUGGUGUAGUGAUCCACUACCAGAUACAAGUGAAUUUCCACCAUUUUUGACACAUUUAUAUUUGCACAGUUUUUCUAAAAAGUUAACUCAAACUUUACCAAAUACAAUUACUACACUUAUAUUCGGUGAUGAUUUUAACCAAAUAAUUCAACACGGCACAUUACCAAAUAGUCUCACAACCCUUACAUUCGGUUAUGAGUUUAACCAAGUUGUUCUACCCAACUCAUUACCAAAUAGUCUCACAACACUCACAUUCGGUGAUAAAUUUAACCAAGUAAUUCUACCCGACACAUUACCAAAUAGUCUCACAACACUCACAUUCGGUGAAGAUUUUAACCAAGUAUUUCUACCCAACUCAUUACCAAAUAGUCUUACAACACUCACAUUUGAUAAUGGUUUUAACCAAGUAGUUCCACCCGGCUCAUUACCAAAUAGUCUCACAACACUCACAUUCGGUUAUGAGUUUAACCAAGUUGUUCUACCCAACUCAUUACCAAAUAGUCUUACAACACUCACAUUUGAUAAUGAUUUUAACCAAGUAAUUCUACCCGGCUCAUUACCAAAUAGUCUCACAACACUCACAUUUGGUUUUUCAUUUAACCAAGUAUUUCUACCCGACCAAUUACCAAAUAGUCUUACAACACUCACAUUCGGUAGUAAGUUUAACAAAGUAAUUCUAAUCGGCUCAUUACCAAAUAGUCUCACAACACUCACAUUCGGUGAUUGUUUUAACCAAGUUGUUCCAGCGAGAACAUUACCAAAUAGUCUCACAACACUCACAUUCGGUAAUGGUUUUAACCAAGUAGUUCCACCCGGCACAUUACCAAAUAGUCUCACAACACUCACAUUUGGUUCUUCAUUUAACCAAGUAGUUCUACCCGACCAAUUACCAAAUAGUCUCACAACACUCACAUUCGGUAAUGGUUUUAACCAAGUUGUUCCAACGGGCACAUUACCAAAUAGUCUCACAACACUCACAUUCGGUAAUGGUUUUAACCAAGUAAUUCUACCCGGAUCUUUACCAAAUAAUCUCAUAACACUCACAUUUGGUUCUUCAUUUAACCAAGUAGUUCCACCUAGCUCAUUACCAAAUAGUCUCACAACACUCACAUUCAGUAAUGGUUUUAACCAAGUAGUUCCACCCGGCACAUUACCAAAUAGUCUCACAACACUCACAUUCGGUAAUGGUUUUAACCAAGUAGUUCCACCCGGCUCAUUACCAAAUAGUCUUACAAUACUCACACUUAAUUCUUCAUUUAACCAAGUAAUUUCACCCGGCACAUUACCAAAUAGUCUCACAACACUCACAUUCGGUAAACAUUUUAAACAAGUAUAUCCACCUGGCACAUUACCAAAUAGUCUCACAACACUCAAAUUCGGUAAUAACUUUAACCAAGUAAUUCCACCCGGCUCAUUACUAAAUAGUAUCACAACACUCACAUUCGGUGAUGAUUUUAACCAAGUAUUUCUACCCAAUUCAUUACCAAAUAGUCUCACAACACUCACAUUCGGUUAUCGUUUUAACCAAGUUGUUCCACUCGGCUCGUUACCAAAUAGUAUCACAACACUCAAAUUUGGUUCCUAUUUUAAUCAAGUUGUUCUACCCGGAUCAUUAUCAAAUAGUCUCACAACACUCAAAUUCGGUAAUAACUUUAACCAAGUAAUUCCACUCGGCUCAUUACCAAAUAGUCUCACAACACUCACAUUCGGUGAUGAUUUUAACCAAGUAAUUCUACCCAACUCAUUACCAAAUAGUCUCACAACACUCACAUUCGGUGAUCAUUUUAACCAAAUUAUUCCACCUAGCUCAUUACCAAAUAAUCUCACAACACUCACAUUUGGUAAUGGUUUUAACCAAGUAAUUCCACCCGGCACAUUACCAAAUAGUCUCACAACACUCACAUUCGAUAAUCGUUUUAACCAAGUAUUUCUACCCGGCUCAUUACCAAAUGGUCUCACAACACUCAAAUUUGGUAUUAAUUUUGACCAAGUAUUUAUACCCGGCACAUUACCAAAUAGUCUCACAACACUCACAUUCGGUAAUGGUUUUAACCAAGUAGUUCCACCCGGCACAUUACCAAAUAGUCUCACAACACUCACAUUUGGUUCUUCAUUUAACCAAGUAAUUUUUCCCGGCUCAUUGUCAAAUAGUCUCACAACACUCACAUUUGGUUUUUAUUUUAACCAAGUAAUUUCACCCGGCACAUUACCAAAUGGUCUGACAACACUCACAUUUGGUUCUUAUUUUAACCAAGUAGCUCCACCCGGCACAUUACCAAAUAGUCUCACAACACUCACAUUUGGUUCUUAUUUUAACCAAGUAAUUUCACCCGGCACAUUACCAAAUGGUCUCACAACACUCACAUUCAAUAGUCUUUUUAACCAAGAAUUUCUACCUGGCACAUUACCAAAUAGUCUCACAACACUCACAAUUGGUGAUAAACAAGUAAUUCCACCCGGCUCAUUACCAAAUAAUAAUGAUGAGUCAUUUGAUGAAAUUGAUGAUUUUGACUAUCAAACUCCAAUCUCUCCACCACAAACACCAAAGUCACAAGAUCAAUAUAAACAAGAAGAGACACUUGAUCAACAACAAGACUCAUCACAAGAAUGUGGUUGA